AUGGGGGGGCCCCCCAGAGGGGCCCCCCUUGGGGGCCCCUCAUGGGGGCCCCCAGGGGCCCCCAUGAAUCUAUAUAAGGAGGAGACAGCUGCUGCAAGCGACAGAGACGAGCCAAAGGUAAACACCGAAAAGGAGGAGGGAGAGGAGAGGGGACAGCUGCAGCUGCUGCACAAAAAAAACAGCAGCAGCAGCAGCAGCAGCAGCAGCAGCAGCAGAUGCAGCAGCAGCAGCAGCAGAAGUAAAAGCUGUUGCAGCAGGGAUGCAGAUACAACAGCAGCAGCAACUGCAACAACAACAACACCAACAACAGCAGCAACACCAUCAACAGCAGGAGCAACAGCAACAGCAGCAGCAGCAGCAACAGCAGCAGCAGCAGCAGCAGCAGCAGCAGCAGGCCUUUCUGUUUACCUUUUUGUAUAUCAUCCGCCGCCCAAAUAUCUACUUCUCCUUCUCCCCCCCCCAAACCCAAACUCAACAAAACACAACCAGGAAAAAACACACAAGGCAACGCAGGGGGCCCCCCAGGGGGCCCCCCAGGGGGGCCCCCCGGGGGCCCCCCAUUCACAUCCUCAGGGGGCCCCCCGGGGGCCCCCCCAAGUGGACCCUCACUAA